AUAAGAUACUGGAUACUAGGCCCCGGCAGAGAAGCUGAGGUCAUCAUUGAAUUUGAAAUAUUUAAAGUGGAUACAAAACUGUUUCAGCAAUGCAGACAAUUAAGUGUGUUGUUGUGGGCGAUGAUGCCGUUGGUAAAACCUGUCUCCUGAUAUCCUACACAACAAAUAAAUUUCCAUCGGAGUAUGUACUGACUGUUUUUGACAACUAUGCAGUCACAGUUAUGAUUGGUGGAGAGCCAUAUACUCUUGGACUUUUUGAUACUGCAGGGCAAGAGGAUUAUGACAGAUUACGACCGCUGAGUUAUCCACAAACAGAUGUAUUUCUAGUCUGUUUUUCAGUGGUCUCUCCAUCCUCAUUUGAAAAUGUGAAGGAGAAGUGGGUGCCUGAGAUAACUCACCACUGUCCAAAGACUCCUUUCUUGCUUGUUGGGACCCAAAUUGAUCUCCGAGAUGACCCCUCUACGAUUGAGAAACUUGCCAAGAACAAACAGAAGCCUAUCACUCCAGAGACUGCUGAAAAGCUGGCCCAUGACCUGAGGGCGGUCAAGUAUGUGGAGUGUUCUGCACUCACACAGCAAGGCCUAAAGAAUGUAUUUGACGAAGCAAUAUUGGCUGCCCUGGAGCCUCCAGAACCGAAGAAGACCCGCAGAUGUGUGCUGCUAUGAACAUCUCCAGAGCCCUUUCUGCACAGCUGGUGUCAGCAUCGUACUAAAAGCAAUGUUAAAUCAAACUAAAGAUUAAAAAUUAAAAUUCGUUUUUGCAAUAAUGACAAAUGCCCUGCACCUACCCACAUGCACUCAUGUGAGACAAGGCCCAUAGAUAUGGUCCCCUUCCCCCUCUCAGUACUAGUUAAUUUGAGUAAUUGUGUAUUGUCAGAAAAGCGGUUAGUACUAGUUUUUGUUCUGUCGUUUCAAAAAAAAAUUUUUUGUUUUGUUUUUGUUUUUGUUUAAAAGCAAGGCAUGCUUGUGAUGACUCUGUAACAGACUAAUUUGGACUGUUGAAGCUGUUCCCGGGGCUCCAUCCACUCUGGAGAAUAAUCUGGGACAUUUAGGGGUUUUGUUUUGGUUUUUGUUCUUUUUGUUUUUGUUUUUUUCUUUUUUGCAGGGGGGGGGAGUGUGUGUGGGGUUUGUUUUUAUUUAGUCAUGUUUUUUAAAUUCAGUAACCAUUGGACAGCCCUUAAGGGGAGGAGGAUGGACUGACUCCACAUUCCACUUCCUAGAUCUAAUUUAGAACACUUGUCCCCCACCUGGUGCUCUUAGGAAGGAGUAUAGUAAACGCCUCAUUUAAUAACAUACUCCUUUUUGAAAGUUGCCUUUCUCUCCACCCUUGAGUAGGUCUAGUACUUGAUGAAACUCAUGAAAGCGGGUGGAACCUGUCUUGCCCCUCUUUUCUAGGAGACACUCUAUAUGUGACUGUGACUUUCAAGGAAAUUUGUUUGUCAUUUGCUGAUUUUUUUUUUGAAGUUAAUUUCUAACUUCAUUCACUGAUAAAUGAAGAAAAGUACUGCACCUUUUGAAAUACACCAAAUGGAUUGAGUACGUAAUUAAAAAACGUUUUUUUCCCUGUCA